UGCAUUGGAUGGAUCUGAGACAGUUGCUUGUUGAUUGUCCAUACUGCCGCCUUCACGUACAACCGAAAAUCUGAAAACAAAAUUUUCUCCCUCCAGAAAUGUGCAUUGCUAGAUUGAAAACCCGCGAUGCAUUUUUCGUACUACCGAACAAAGUCAUUUUCACCACAGCUUUGGGUAGAACAAAACCAAGUUGAAGUUGGAUCUGUCGCGUUCAAAACGUAUUGCCACAGCGCGCGCGAAGGCACCGCAGCCGCGGGAAUGGCGACUGGCAGGGAACGCUAGAGAAGGGAGAAGGGAGGAGGGAAAAUGGGCAGAAAUAAAAGCUCGUGUGUCAACGCGGCCGAACGACAGACACCGGAGAGCGACACAAAAGAAGCCAAGAGGAGGAGAGGGAGGAAAAAGGCGAGCUUCGAACCAGUUGUGUAUGCCACUUUUCACCUCGACCGACCUUGAGGAGCAGCGGGCGCCGACGGAGCGACCCCGCCGCCGCGGUCCAGCCUCUUUUUCCGGCCCCCCUCGGAGGACUCGGAUCGGCCGAACAUGCCUGUGGCGUCCGCAAACAUGGAUUUGCAUGAGACCCUGGCCCUGCUGACCUCGCAGCUCCGCCCCGGUGCAAACCACAAGGAGGACCUGGUCUUCCUCAAAGACGUCUUCAGCGAGAAGAGCCUCGGCUACCUCAUGAAGAUCCACGAGAAACUGAAGCAGUACGAGAAGCAGAGCCCGUCCCCGGUCCUGCACAGCGCCUCCUGUCUGGCGGAGGACCUGACGGAGGAGCUCCAGGACGGGCCGCUGGAGGAGGACGGCAAAGAGCUGCUGGUUCUGCUCAACACUCCUCACUUCAAGGCUGUGCUGUCUGCCCACGACACGGUGGCCCAGAAGAACUUUGACCCGGUGCUGCCGCCCCUGCCGGAGGACGCGGAAGACGAGCUGGAGGAGGAGUCGGUGAAGAUCGUCCGCUUGGUGAAGAAUAAAGAACCCCUGGGAGCGACCAUCCGGCGAGACGAGGCCACCGGCGCCGUCGUCGUGGCGCGGAUCAUGAGGGGGGGCGCGGCCGACCGCAGCGGUGAGCUUUGCCCCUUUUGUUGGGGGGGGCGGUCGAACCAGAACUUUCUAUCAACGGGGACCCACUUCCUUGUCGUCUCCGCCUGCCGAACAAGUCUGGUGCACGUGGGGGACGAGCUGCGCGAGGUCAACGGCAAAUUGAUAUCCCGCAAAAGGCCGGACGAGAUAAGUCAGAUUUUGUCCCAGUCGCAGGGCUCCAUUACGUUGAAAAUCAUCCCGGCCGUGGCGGAAGAAGACAAGAUGAAGGAAAGCAGGGUCUACCUGCGGGCUCUGUUCGACUACGCGCCCUCCGAGGACCGAGCCGCGCCCUGUCAGGAGGCGGGGCUUCCGUUUAAGAGGGGCGACAUCCUUCAGGUGGUGAGCCGGGAGGACUCCACGUGGUGGCAGGCCAAGAAAGUGGGCGACUGCAACCUGCGGGCCGCCCUCAUCCCCUCCGCGCACUUCCAGGAGAGGCGCCUGAGGUACCGGCAGAAGACUGGUUCCUUCCCGGCCUCCGCGUCCCCCCACGUGACCGCACUGACUUGUGUGUGUCCUCCCUUGCGUUGCGGCCACCAGACGAGCAGGCCGACCGAGACGACGUCGAGGCGAAAGACGCAGUUUCUCCCGCAUGGGGGGCAGCAGCUGCCUUCUGUGGCCGUGUUUUCUGGUGGGAUUUUAACUCAGGUACUCUUUCCUUCCUCCUUGGCUCCUCUUGUGUGUCCACGUUAUUGUAUGAUGAUUUUUCAAGUCGAAAACUCGCUUUGUAAACGCCGAGUCGAGUCCAGUAAGCGUCGUUUGACCGCAGCCGGCCCGCGUCGGAGUUUCCGUCCGAAGAGGGAACGGCGGGGAUGGCCGGCGGAGCCCCGCGCCCCGGACGCCGAUGGCGGCGAGUUCCCGACCUACGAAGAAGUCGCGCUUUACCUUCCUCGGCCCGGCGAGAGGCCGCGGCUCAUCGUCCUGCUCGGAUCCCUGGGAAGUGGCGUCGCCGAGCUCAAGCAGAAGGUGAUCGCGGGCGACCCCGGACUUUACGGCUUGGCCGUUCCUCAUACCACCCGGCCCCGGAGGACUCUCGAACGAGAGGGGGUGGAGUACCACUUCGUCACCAAAGCUGCUUUUGAGGCCGACAUCCACAACGGCAAGUUUAUCGAAUACGGCGAGUACAAGGAUAAUUUGUACGGCACCAGUUUGGAGUCCAUUCACAGAGUUCUGCUUCAGGACAAAACCUGCCUCGUGGACGUACAGCCGGAGGCACUGAAAGUUCUCCGCACGGCGGCCUUCAAGCCCUUCGUGGUCUUCGUGAGACCUUCCGUCCUCGACGGCGAGAGGAAGUCCCCGAGCUCGUCUUCCUCGCUCGUCAGCGUUGCCCUCACGGAGCACGACAUCCAAGACAUGAGGCAGUCGGCAGAGCGGCUGGAGCAGAACUACGGCCACUGGCUGGAUUACGUGCUGGUGAAGGAGGAGCCGCCGGGCGCCGUCGCGGAGCUGCAGGCCGUGCUGGAGCGGCUGCGGCGGGAGCCCCAGUGGGUGCCCGCGUCCUGGAUGCAAACGACGACACGAGCUCACUACAACGCAGUCAAGGUAGGCCAUUUUGGAACUUGUCCCGUUGUUUGAAAACUCUAAAUUGGGAUUAAGUGGGGAAUUCAGCGCAAAUAGAAAACAGCCAACACGUCAUCGUUGACUUCAGCAGUGUCAUAUCUAAAGCUCACUUGGUAGCUCAAGUCCGUUUUUAGUUUUCAAAUCACAAAGAUUUCCACCUUUGUUUUCCUAUUGUGAGCCAAUUAUGAAUUCCUGGUUUGUUCCCAUUACUUUUGGAAUUUCAAGACUUUCGCAAACCUCAGCGAUUUCGUCACGGUGCCAAAUUCCGGGAGUUUGGAUGAACAAUGUAUCCAAAUAAUUUUGACAACCUCUCUCGUUUAAUAGCGACAAUUUAUCAAUUUUCAGGGGCGCGGCCAUUUUCGCGAGUCACGUGACCUACGUGCGCAGAUGUGACGCGUCCUGCCGUGGGAGACCGUUUCUGCCCGGCGGUAUCGGUUGGUCGGAGGAAUACUUCCGUACACAGCCGAACAACCGGUGUCCCACGGCAGUACGCGUGACCCGCGAAAAUGGCGGCGCCCCUGAAAAUUUGUAAUUGUUGAUAAAAAUCGUUUGAAAACACUCUGAAAUGAG